GAUCCGUCCUCAGCUGGCCAAAGAGAAGAUCGAGGGCUGUCACAUCUGUACGUAUGUGAUGCCCGGGGAGCCGCAGGUGUUCCUGGGUAAGGACAAGGCCUUCACCUACGACCACGUCUUCGACAUGGACAGCCAGCAGGAAGCCAUCUACACCCAAUGCACAGAGAAACUCAUUGAAGGCUGCUUUGAGGGCUACAAUGCCACCAUCUUUGCAUACGGGCAGACGGGUUCGGGGAAGACCUACACCAUGGGAACCGGCUUCGACGUCAACAUCGGGGAGGACGAGCUGGGUAUCAUUCCCCGGGCUGUCAACCACCUGUUCAAAGGAAUCGAGGAGCGCAGACAGGCUGCCACCGAGCAGGGCAGGCCUGUUCCGGAGUUCAAGAUCAACGCACAGUUUCUGGAGUUGUACAACGAAGAGGUGCUGGACUUGUUCGACUCGACGCGAGAAAUCGAGGGCAGGAAGCAGAGAUCCAACAUCAAAAUCCAUGAGGACGCCAGCGGAGGCAUCUACACCGUCGGGGUCACCACUCGCACCGUCACCUCUGAAGCAGAGAUGUUACAGUGUCUGAAACUGGGCGCGCUGUCUCGUACCACCGCCAGCACCCAGAUGAACGUCCAGAGUUCGCGCUCCCACGCCAUCUUUACCAUCCACCUGUGCCAAGUUCGAGUCUGCUCCCCCGAUAACGACGAUAAUGUAACAGACAACCGUCUAGCGAACAACUCGGAGAUUAAUGAGUUUGAGACGCUGACAGCCAAGUUCCAUUUUGUGGAUCUGGCUGGUUCUGAGAGACUGAAGAGAACUGGAGCUACAGGAGACAGAGCUAAAGAGGGCAUCUCCAUCAACUGCGGGCUGCUCGCUUUAGGAAAUGUCAUCAGCGCUCUGGGAGACAGGAGUAAGCGCUCCACUCACGUGCCUUACAGAGACUCCAAACUGACCCGACUGCUACAGGACUCACUGGGUGGCAACAGUCAAACGAUGAUGAUCGCCUGUAUCAGCCCAUCGGACCGGGACUUCAUGGAGACGUUGAACACUUUGAAGUACGCCAACAGAGCCCGAAACAUUAAGAACAAGGUGGUGGUGAACCAGGACAAAGCCAGUCAGCAGAUCAGCACCCUGAGGACAGAGAUAGCGCGACUGCAGAUGGAGCUGAUGGAAUACAGGACGGGGAAGCGUAUGGUGGGUGAAGAUGGCAUGGAGGGCAUCAACGACCUGGUCCAUGAGAACUCCAUGCUGCAGACGGAGAACAACAACCUCAGGGUGAGAGUGAAGGCCAUGCAGGAGACCAUCGACGCCCAGAGAGCCAGACUCACACACAUCCUCAGUGACCAGGCCAACCAGGCCCUGGCUAAAGCAGGUGAAGGCAGCGAAGAGAUCGGGAACAUGAUUCAGAACUACAUUAAAGAAAUCGAGGAGCUCAGAGCUAAACUUCUUGAAAGCGAGGCCGUGAGCGUGAAUCUCAGGAAGAGUUUGUCCCGGGCCUCCACGCGCUCCUCGCUGUACGGUGGGCCAGGCUCCUUCUCCUCCGCCCUCCUCGCCCCUGAGAAGGAGGCCAGCGACGUCAUAGAGAUGGCCAAGAAGGACCUGGAGAAGCUCAAGAAGAAGGAGAAAAAGAAGAAGAAGAGUGUUGUCAAAGAGGAAGUGCCAGACAACGAGCAGGAGCGAGUCAACGAGGAGGCAGAAGUGGAGGCCAGCGACCACGAAGAAGUCGAGGACGCAGAUGGAGAGGAGGAGGACUUUGACAUGGCGGGAGAUGAGACGUCUGACGAGUCCGACUCUGAAGAACUGGAGGAGAAAGAAAACGUCCAGGCCGACCUGGCCAACAUCACCUGCGAGAUCGCCAUCAAGCAGAAGCUGAUAGACGAGCUGGAGAACAGCCAGCGCCGCCUGCACACUCUCAAACAGCAGUACGAGCAGAAGCUGAUGAUGCUGCAGAACAAGAUCAAAGACACGCAGCUGGAGAGGGACAAGGUGCUGCAUAAUAUGGGUUCAGUGGAGUCGGGUACGGAGGAGAAGGCCAAGAGGAUCAAAGCGGAGUAUGAGAGGAAGCUGAGCUCCAUGAACAAGGAACUGCAGAAGCUGCAGUCGGCUCAGAAGGAGCACGCCCGCCUGCUCAAGAACCAGUCGCAGUACGAGAAGCAGCUCAAGAAACUCCAGAUGGAUGUGAAUGAGAUGAAGAAGACUAAGGUGGCGCUGAUGCGUCAGAUGAAGGAGCAGCAGGAGAGAAACAGAGCCACAGAGUGCAGGAGGAACAGGGAGAUCGCCUCUCUGAAGAAAGACCAGCGCAGAGCGGAGCACCAACUGAAGCAGAUGGAGGCCCAGAAAAGACAACAGGAGCUGAUUCUUCGCAGGAAGAAUGAAGAGGUGACAGCUCUUAGGCGGCAGGUGAGGCCCGUGUCCGGGAAGGUGAGCAGGAAGGUGAGCUUACCCGAGGAGCCGUCACACAGAGCCACCCCAGGAAGAAUGCACACCUCUGGAGCGUCCCCAUCCAAUGGAGCCAGGAGUUCUCCAGUGCGGAUGGGAAGUACCUACCUCAGCAGGACAGCCAGGGCCAAAUGGCAGACACUGGAGAGACGUGUCACCGACAUCAUCAUGCAGAGGAUGACCAUCUCUAACAUGGAGACAGAUAUGAACAGACUGCUAAAGCAACGGGAAGAGCUGACCAGGCGGCGGGAGCGAGUGUCCAGAAAGAGAGAGAAGGUGGCGGUGGAGGGUGCAGACGCCGACCGCUCCCUGGCCUCCCUGAAUGAGGAGCUGGAGUCUCUGAGCGCCAACAUCGACUAUAUCAACGACAGCAUCGCCGACUGCCAGGCAAACAUCAUGCAGAUGGAGGAGGCCAAGGAGGAAGGAGACACAGUGGAUGUUACCGCGGUGAUCAGCUCUUGUAAUUUAUCCGAGGCCCGCUUCCUUCUGGACCAUCUCAUAACUAUGGCCAUCAAUAAGGGUCUGCAAGCGUCUCAGAAGGAUUCCCAGCUGAAGGUGAUGGAGGGCAGGCUGAAGCAGACGGAGAUCAACAGCGCCACCCAGAACCAGCUGCUGUUCCACAUGCUGAAGGAGAAAGCUGAGAUCAACCCGGAACUGGACGCUCUGCUGGGCAGCGCCCUGCAAGAGAAUGGAGAUGACAGCAGUAGCGACGAGUCCACCGCGAGUCCAGCCACGGAGGGCAGCACACUGGCAUCAGAUCUAAUGAAGUUAUGUGGUGAAUCCAGACCGAGAGGCAAGGCUCGCAGGCGGACCACCACCCAGAUGGAGCUGCUGUAUGCCAGCAGUGGGGAUCUGUCCUGUGAAUCUCCCACCGGAGACUUCUCGGCCCCUCUGCUGCCCCUCUCAGAGCGUCUGGAAGGGCCAGCAGACAUGCAGGGUCACGCGCUUGGUCAAACCCCUGACCGCGAACAAACUGCUUCCCCAUCUGCACUGGCUGCCAGGCCAGCUGGCAUUUCUGGAUCCAGGUCACCUACAGGGACCGAGAGGAGGCAACUGGAGCGCUCGCCCCUCAGCCGAAGGAGGGUGCAAGAUAAAGGACCCACGGCGACGCACAUCCCAGCACCGACGCACAUCCCAGCACCCACACACACACCUUCGCUCAGCACAGCAGAGGUUAAAACUAAAGGCAGCGACCACAAAUCACCGUUGGAGGAGUCACCUGUAUUUGAAGGCCAUAGAGGUGUGAUCAACCCUGUGACGGCCCCGAAGAACAGCCGCGGGGCCAAACUUCAGUGUGUCUAUGUAGCGGAGGGGCACACCAAACCUGUUCUCUGUGUAGACGCCACAGAUGAUCUGCUCUUCACAGGGUCCAAAGACCGCACGUGCAAAGUCUGGAACCUGGUGACGGGUCAGGAGAUCAUGUCUCUGGCAGAUCAUCCCAGCAGUGUCGUCUCAGUCAGGUACACUUCUAGUCUCGUCUUCACUGUUUCCACCGCUUACAUCAAAGUCUGGGACAUACGAGACUCUGCCAAGUGUAUCCGCACUCUCACGUCAUCGGGCCAGGUGGGUUCAGGGGAUGUCUGUUCCUCUGCCAGGAGUUUAUCCAUCCCUCCAGGAGAGAGCCAGAUCAACCAGAUCGCUCUCAACCCUUCCGGCACCUUCCUCUAUGCUGCCGCCGGCAAUGCUGUGCGCAUGUGGGACCUCCGCAAGUUUGUGUCCACGGGGAAGUUGACUGGCCAUCUGGGACCUGUCAUGUGUCUGACUGUUGAUAAAUUAGGCAAUGGACAGGAUGUUGUCCUCACUGGCUCCAAAGACCAUCAUAUUAAAAUGUUUGAGGUGGCAGAAGGUGCUCAGGGUAGCAUCAGUUCCAGCCAUACGUUUGAUCCAGCUCAUCAGGACGGCGUGGAAUCUCUUGCAGUGCACGGAGAUGUUUUCUACAGUGGCUCCAGAGACUACUACAUCAAGAAGUGGGACUUAGCCGGUAAACAACUGCUACAGCAGUCUGUCAGCGCACAGGCAGACUGGGUUAGCGCUCUGGGCGUGGUGCCAGGCUCUCCAAUGCUGCUCAGCGGUUGCAGAGGAGGACUGCUGCGCCUCUGGCACGCCGACUCACUUGCACCCCUCGGCGAGGUCCGGGGACACGACAGUCCCAUCAACGGCUUGGCCACUAACAGCAGCCAACUGUUCACUGCCUCAGAUGAUCGCACGGUAAAGAUUUGGGAAGCCAAAGGAUCUCUGGAAGAAGGAGUCCACUGACAACUGCUUCCUCACAAUCACCAAACUGACCUAAAAUCGAGGAUCGUCUAUUGGCCCGCUCAAUCUCAAUCAUUUGUGAGGCAACAACAUCACCUAUCGCUUGUGUUGGAUGGGCACCCGAAGUGGGUCUGGGGCCUGAAAGCGUGGAUCCCAGCCUGAAAUAUGUAUCUUUGAAACAACACUGACCCUUCACUGAUGCUGCACAGGGAUCCGUGUCAGGAAAGACUGAGUAGAUGCGACUGCUCUUAGUCAGAGUGUACUUACUGAUGUUUUAGGUCAAGAUGGAUCUCCAAGGACUACAGAACAGCUGCGAUGGACCGUACUUUUCAUAAUUGCAACAGUAAUGAAUAAAAUGAAAGUAAAAUAUGGAUUUAUGGAUCUGUGUCGAUCCAGGAGUCUCUUGUGCUUUCCACAUUCCUCUGCUUAGUUCAGCACUAUGACAACAUGGAUACCUUAUAUGCAUAAAGCGAAUUUUUCCAGAGCUGCUGAGAACAAAAAACUGGUUUUGGUUAAAUGCUUUGCUCCCUCGCACUGUGUUGUUACCCAUGAAAACUUGCUGAAAGAGUCUACGUCCUGAGACGAGACAGGGAAAUCCUGCUCACCAGCAGUAACUGUGAGUCCAUCCUGUGUGUUCACAUGAUGUGUCGUGUCUUUGCUUUCCAGGUCAUUAUGGGUGUGUGUGUGUGUGUGUGUCAGAUGUAACCAAGGACCAAACGACUACUGAAACUGCGAUGGUCUUAUUCUUCAGCUGUUACUGCCAAACCCAAUAGUGGAACAUGAGAGGCCUCAUGAUAGGGUCCUUUUUCUGCUUUUACACUUCAGAUUGUGUAUUUCCUCUAGUGUCAAGUCAGGGUUCAUUAAAUCAACUGCUGACUAAUAUUAUAUCUUCAUAAAAAUGUGCGUAUCAUCAACAAUAUUCCUUACAAAAGCAGAGAGCAGUAACUACAGAGACAGUGAAGUUGGGGAAAAUUAGCUUGAAAUUUGAAGGCUACGUAGUGAAACAGAGGAACUUAAAAACAAAGGUUUCCUUUAACUGUCUUGUCUAUUUGCACUGAAUAACUAGUCUAAUGAAUUAAUACAUUUGAGUAUAUGAUUGAAAAGUAGCUUAACCAUAUCAAAUCAUGUAAAUCCCUCUAGUGUCAGAGGCUAACUCUGCUAAGCUAGGCUAAUUAGCUUCUAGCAGGACUAGUUUAACUGGUGGUGAUCCGAUUUAGCUACUGCCUUUAUUUAUAUGGUAUGAUAAACUCGUUUGCUAUGAUUUUAAAUGUAGGAAACAGGUAGAAAAAGUGGGUGAAUUAGUUUUCACCAGCAACCCUUAACUAGCUAGCGUGUAGACACCCACAAUUCGGCCUUUACCGCUGUUUUUCAAAUCUGAUAUGCUGGGUUUUUGUAAGUUCUAAUGAUUUUGUAGAUGGUAAAAAAUGUUCAGAUUGUGGUCUUGGCUUACAGGGCAGUAUAGUUGUCCAAGCUUUUCAAAAAAAAAAAACCACAGGUAGUCCGUAAAUCAACUUGUUAAAACGCGAGACAGAGUAGCUGUUACAUUCAGUAAUCCAGGUGUCUCGAUGUUCCCCAAACAGCUUCGAUAUUUCCGUCAGUGAUGUGUUGUCAGCGGUCACGAACAGCCGCUGGGUUUCUGGUUUCAGUAUUCUCUGGUUGAUACACAGACGGUUUCCAAGCAUUUGUAGCCUUAAGUGGUGUUUCCUCUGCUGAAUGGUUUUACUUUCCUGUCAGCAUGCUCCCCUCUGGCUUCUCUGACCUGCAUUUCACAGGUCUCCAGCAAACAUACUCUCACUUCCAAUGAAAAGGUUACCCACUGAGUAUUUACUUUCUCUAACCUUUAGUGGCUGUGCAACACUUUCAAAGGACGACUCUGGCAGCUCCUGCUUUUGGGGGACCUUUUGCUUGAGUCGUAUAGCUGUAUCGAUGUAAAUCAUUCAUGUUGAUGGAAUCAAGCAUCUUGUCAUGGGAUAUGACGUGUAUUUUGUGAGAGCUUCUAUUCCUGUAAGAUGCGUGUAUGUGUGUUUUCAAUCCAAAUGAUGUGAUAAGUUCUCAUUCUGUUCUCAUCGUACAGUACUGUUCUCCUAUGCUGUCUUUGUAAACUGCACACCGGCUGCAGUUAACCAUAUCAAACAUCAUUCAGUCAAAUAUGAAUCUAAAAUGCUACUAUUUAUUUAUUUUUUCAUUGAUUUUUGACUUUUUUGACUGUUUUGUCUUCCUUAUCAAUCAGAUUUUUAAUUAAUUUCCAUCUAAUGCCUCUGAUAUCUUAGCAUCAUGGACGAUGGGCUGCACAGAAUAUAUUGGAUGGAUUUCUCCAUAAUCUGAGGUGUAUUAUCAGUGCCUGUAAUAAAUCCUAAACUGUAGAAUCACUACCUGACAAAUACGUCUUUCCCUUAUUAUAAGGGUCAGGUAAUUUAUCAUGAGCUACUGUAUCAUGAGUAUCCUUUAAAUUUAUUGGAAAAAGAACUUGCUGCUCUGGUUUGAAUAUUGGAGGUAAACAUUGUUAGCAAUGCUAAAGUCAAUGGGACUAAAAAGAACUGCACUGAAAAGUCUAUUUUUUUGCAACUGUUAAUCAGUUUUUCCCCAUUGUCUCACAACAUAGUUUAAUACACAGGACUGAAAUAGAUUGGUUACAGAAACUGGUUUUCGGUUCCAUUGACUUGUACUUAAAUUGCUAAAUAAAGAAUCCCAAAAAGGCAAAAAUGUGACCUGUAAGUAUUCCUAAUUGAUAAUAAAGCAGAUAGUGUGUUUAAAAUCUUAGUUACCCCUCUAAAUGUAGUUGUAUCUUAUUUUGAAAUUUGACUGUAAAUCUGCUUUUGUGUAAAUACGACUGUUGUUUUCUUCCUGCUGAUUCUCUUGUGCACAAUUUCAAGUGAUUAAAAUAUCAGAUGCAGUGU